UUUUUUUUCCCCCUCCUCUGGUGUCGCUGUCUGUUUUCGUUUUCUGCUUUUCAUUCGUUUAACCUCAGACUUUCUGUUUUUGCAAUAGUGUCGUCUAUCCUAAUGAGGGAGCUUCGUCCCUCACUGGCACUGGGAGAUGGUGCUGUUAAAUAUUUCUGACCAGCCACCUCUGGUCCAGGCCGUCUUUAAUCGGAAUACAGAUGAAGUUCAGUUAUAUUUGCACAAGAAAGAUGAAGUCAAUGCACUGGACCAGGAGCGACGCACGCCUCUGCACGCUGCAGCUUGGUUGGGAGACGUCCAUAUCAUGGACCUCCUCAUCACUGCAGGUGCGAACGUUAAUGCAAAGGACCACAUGUGGCUGACGCCGUUACACCGAGCAGCGGCCUCCAGGAACGAGAGGGCAGUGGGGCUGUUGUUGCGAAAAGGGGCCGACGUGACGGCGAGGGAUAAGUACUGGCAGACGGCACUGCACGUCGCUUCAGCAAACCGAGCCAUGCGCUGCACUGAAACUCUGCUGUCCCACAUCAGCAGUGUGAACAUGGCCGACCGCACGGGCAGAUCCGCCCUCCACCACGCCGCCCAGAGCGGCUGCCACGAGAUGGUUAAAUUGCUGCUGAACAGAGGGGCCAAUCUGAGUGCCAGUGAUAAGAAGGAGAGGCAGCCCAUCCACUGGGCAGCGUACCUCGGUCAUCUGGACGUGGUGAAGUUACUGGUGUCUCAAGGUUCAGAUAAAAGCUGUAAGGACAAGCGAGGCUACACUCCUCUGCACGCCGCCGCCGCCAGUGGACACGUCGACGUGGUCAAGUACUUGUUACGCAGCGGAGCGGAGACGCACAGUAAUAGCCAAGAUGAGGAUCAGAUAUUUCCAGGCUGGACAUCCGAGUUAAAUGUGGACGACUUUUGUAUCGAUGAGCCCAAUGCGUUUGGAAACACCGCUCUACAUGUAGCCUGUUAUAUGGGGCAGGAAGCUGUCGCUAAUGAGCUGGUUAACCGCGGCGCUAACGUUAACCAGCCCAAUCAGCGAGGCUUCAGCCCCCUGCACCUGGCUGCCGUGUCCACCAACGGCGCCCUCUGUCUGGAGCUGCUGGUCAACAACGGGGCGGAUGUCAACAUGCAGAGCAAAGAAGGCAAGAGCCCCCUCCACAUGGCAGCCAUCCACGGACGCUUCACUCGCUCCCAGAUUCUCAUUCAGAACGGUGGGGAAAUAGACUGUGUGGACAGAUAUGGCAAUACUCCUCUUCAUGUUGCUGCUAUGUAUGGCCAUGAGCUGCUCAUCAGCACCUUAAUGACGAAUGGUGCUGAUACAGCCAGGCAAGGGAUUCACGGGAUGUUCCCACUGCACUUAGCCGUGCUCUACGGGUUCUCUGACUGUUGUCGCAAGCUGCUCUCCUCAGGUCAGCUGUACAGCAUCGUGCUGUCGAUGAGCAAAGAGCACGUGCUCUCGGCCGGCUUCGACAUCAACACUCCGGACGAGUACGGGAGAACCUGCUUACACGCUGCUGCCUCUGGAGGAAACACUGAAUGUCUGAACCUGUUGUUGAGCAGUGGCGCGGACAUGAAUAAGAAAGACAAGUUUGGGAGGACCCCUUUGCACUAUGCGGCUGCUAACAGGAGGUAUCAGUGUGUGGUGAUUCUAGUGGGAGCAGGAGCCGAGGUCAACGAGCCCGACCAAACCGGCUGCACACCUUUACACUACUCAGCUGCUUCCACAGCUUUCUGCAGGGUGGAUAGAGGUCAGCAGAGUCCGGAGGAUGGAGAGAAGGAGUCAUUCAUGUGUGUGGAGUAUUUGCUGGAUAACGGAGCAGACCCAUGCCUGUGCAACUCGAAAGGAUACAGCGCUGUCCACUACGCGGCCGCCCACGGCAACAAGCAGAGCCUCGAGCUGCUUUUGGUGAUGUCCUACAAUAUAUCAGGAGACGCAGAAAGCACUGGACCUGUCAGUCCCUUACACUUAGCAAAGCUUCCUCGUCUCUGGCAGGCGGAGGCAGGACACUGGGAGUGUGUGAGUGUGUUGGUCGAGUCGGGCGUGUGUGUGGAUGUGUGCGACUCGGCGGGAUGCUCCGUGCUCUACGUGGCCUCUCAGAAGGGACACAGUCGCUGUGUGGAGCUGCUGCUCAGCCAAUCAGCAUCCUGCCUGCUCACGGAGCGCAGUGAUAAGUGGAGUCCUCUCCAUGUCGCAGCUGCCAAUGGACACACAGACUGUCUGCAGAUGCUGCUCUCCAGCGAGGAGGACAUUGACCUUCCAAAUGUCUCGGACACCGAGGGACAAACUCCUCUCAUGCUGGCUGUACUGGGGGGUCACACCGACUGCGUCCUCCUGCUGCUGGAGCGAGGGGCGUGUCCUGAUUCGAGGGACAGGAAAGGAAGAACGGCAAUGCACAGAGCGGCAAUGCUCGGCUGGGAGGACUGCGUGACGGCGCUCCUGUCCCAGAAUACCGCAGUCCUGACUAAAGAUGUUCAGGUCUGCACUGCACUCCACCUGGCUGCUUCCUGUGGCCACGCUGAGAUCCUGUCCAGAUUGUUGUCUGCUGCUGACCACACCUUCCCGCACCAUCCAAUCACUGACUGCCACGGCUUCACCCCCACACACUGGGCAGCCUAUCACGGUCAUGAAGACUGUUUGGAAGUUUUACUUGAAAUGAAACCAUGUAUUAUCGAGGAGGGAAACCCCUUCACCCCACUGCACUGUGCUCUAAUUAAUGGCCAUGGUGGUUCUGCAGAAAUUCUCUUGAACUCCAGUUUUGGCCCGUCACUGGUCAAUGCCAGGGAUGCAAAGGGAAGGACUCCACUCCACGCUGCGUCCGUAGCCGAGGACCUCUCUGGGCUGCUCCUGAUUCUGCGCAUGGGGGCCGACAUCAACGCCGUGGACCACUCGGGACGCUCGGCGCUCAUGGUGGCUGCCGACAAGGGCAAGAGCGGCGCCGUGGCCCUGCUGCUGCAUCGAGCCAAUGCAGAUCUGUCCAUUCUAGAUGUGAACAGAAACACCGCCCUGCAUCUGGCCUGCAGCAAGGCUCAUGAGAUGUGUGCCAUGCUGAUCUUGAAAGAGAUCCACAACCCGAUUCUCAUCAACGCAACCAACAGCAUGCUUCAAAUGCCUCUUCACAUCGCAGCCAGGAACGGUCUGGCCACCGUAGUUCAGGCUUUGCUGAAUCGUGGAGCCACAGUGCUGGCAGUGGAUGAGGAGGGUCAUACCCCUGCCCUGGCAUGCGCCCCCAACAAAGCCGUGGCCGACUGCCUCGCUCUCAUCCUCUCAACCAUGAAGCCUUCUUCCUCCAGCGCCCCCUCUUCCUCUCCCUCCUCCCCCAGGCUCAACCUGCUCAAGCAUUGCGGCAUCACAGCCGCUUGCCCCCCUUUGCCCAACGGAGGCCUUCGCCACACCUACGGCAAAGAUCGUCACGGCGCCGCCUUCGGAUUGGAUGGCUGUCUGACCGAGUGAGCCGAUCUGCAUCCUAGAGCCCUUGCGACGUAUAACACACACACAAUAACACGUCUGUGUGUAUGGAUGCUCAGUUUGAUCUUCUCUUUCUCUCUCUCUCUCUCUUUCUUUCUGUCUCUCUCUCUCGCUGUCCUAUGUGUCUGUUCGUCUUUCUUUCUUUCGUUCUUUCUAGACACCUAGUCAAAAAAAAGAUAUGCAAUUACAGCCACACAAUCCUCCUCCCCCCCACCCCCCCCAUCAUCACUGCUUUUCUUUUACUACUAUUAGAGGAUGACCAGGAACGAACGUGUUUUUAUUUAUUUAAUCACCCGUCGGUUCUCGUUUGAAAAAAUCGAAUGUUCCAAGCCAUCUCGUGUGCUCGAGUUUCCAUGAGUGCUAGCUAGUCGUUUUUAAACUAAUUGUUAAUUUAAGCCCAGUUUACUCGGCUAAGGUUAGUAUUAUGCAGCUGCUUUAUUCUUUUGCUCACGUGUGUGUGUGUGAGAGAGAGAGAGAGAGAGAGAGAGAGAGAGAGAGAGAGAGAGAGAGAGAGAGAGAUGGAUUUCUUAUAAGAAGCUGUGGCCUUGCAGAGGAAUUUCCAGCCUGCCCCGAGGAACAGUUUAAACGGGUUACUGUAAACUAGCUCGAAGAUGUGGGCCAUGUAUUAGAUGGUCUCAAAUAGGUGUGUGUGUGUGUGUGUGUGUGUGUGUGUGUGUGGGAGAGAAAGAGAAACUGAUGUUUGUGUGUGUUGAGCAGUCCAACCAGAUUUCCAUCCCGUACUUGAUUCUUGCUUUUUGAAGUUUGUGCGUUGUAUGUCAGGUGCAAUCAAUUUCAGCACAAAACUAAGCAGAUUUUUCUUUUUCUUUUUUCUUCUUUGAGACAAGGGAAACCAUACAACCUUAAGCCAAAUGACCAUUGACCUCUGUGUUCGAAAGGUCACAAAUGGUGCAUGUUUACUGUAGGCAUUUUAUUUGGGAGGACGGAAUAAACUGGGGGGGGGGUGAGCAUUGCAAUAGGUUUACACAGAGCGUAUUUGUUAUUUCAGAUUAAAAGAGAAGCACCAGGGUGUACCAUCAGUCAUCCGAAAUGACACCGAUACGAACCGAAUAGGAAGUCGAAAGCACAAGCGUCAGAGUGGACGUAGGCCUUUUGAAAACUGAUCCUCGCUCCUAAGGGACCACCGUUUAUCUUGGAGGGCGAUAACAAACACUCGUUUUUGUUUUUUUUGGGGGGGGGAUUGGAACUCGGCGGCUGCUAGCUGGAAUCUCCAUGUAGUGUUUUCCCAGCGGACCAUAUCGAAAUGUUGAGCUGCUUUCGCAGUGCCUUUCGAACAGGUUUUCUUUUUUAAAAAAAAAAACAAAACAUCCGUUCAGUUCGACUCGUCACCGUUCGCAGCUUAAGUGGUGCUUCCUCUACAGACUAUUAACUUUUAGCCAUAUGAAACGUUAGUCGAGCCUUUCGCUGGAGGAUCACUUGGAGUUCAUUUGAACACUUUUUUUUUUUGUCAGUUCGGUGUUACCUUCAUCGGGAAGCGAGCUGUUUUUAAUUGAGCGUCUUUUACCCCGUCAGGGUGUACGGCUUUAACUUCUGCUCAAACCGAGGAUCGGCGAUUGCGUGGUAUUUCACAUCGCUGAUGUUCGAAUAGGGAUUUAUUUGGGGGGUUGUUAUUGUUAUUAUUAUUAUUAUUAUUAUUAUUAUUAUUAUUAUGACCAAAGUUGCGUUAAUUUCGUAGCGUUCAUAAUUUGGCAAAAACAAAACGCCUGCUUGGCUAUGAUACUUAAAAUCUGUUGCCCCUCGUCGUUUGUUUUUGUUUGUUUGUUUGUUUACUGAAUGCUUCCUUAUUGCCAAAGGUUGAUUUUUUAAUUGUUCAGUGUACAAAUGUGCUUCCUUUUCAUUUUACAUCAAAGCCACAGCGUUUCAGCAAAUUUACGGACCGGAAUAUUAUUCGCAAAAUUAUAGACAUGCAAUAUUUGCGCAAUUAGUAAAGAGACAAUCAGUCGAAAGGGCUUUUAAUUUCCCCUAUUGUUUAUUCUAAUUGUUUAUAACAUUUUUUCCAAUAUAUUUGAGACCACAGGGAAUUGAAGAGAUUCGCCCGAGCCGUUUCCUUAACCCGAACUGUACCCGAGUCUCGCCGAAGCCAUGGGAACUGUUGUUUUUUUUUUUUUUUUGUUUUGUUUUUUUUUUAAAAACGAACCUAUAGAGUGAAGCAGCAGUAAAUUCGAAUCCCCCCCGCCCCAUGUGUUAACAUUCAUCGCAAUGCUUUAGGUGAUCGUAGGCGUGCGCCGAAAGAAUUCGGGAGAAUUGGUCCACGCCUUAUCGCGGUUUUUGCAAUAAAAUCAUCGCAGACCAUGUACUUGAAAGAAAAAUUUAAAUGUGAUGAUGUUUUAAUUUAAUUUGAUGGUUAAAACUAUUACUCAAAAAUAAAUAAGGAACUUGUCAGGGGUGGACGCAUCAUAAAUUCAUUCGCCGGCACACCGGGCAAGUAAAAGCUCCGUGUUUUGGUCGACUGCAGUUGGGGGGAGGGGGGAUUGGGGGGGACAAAACAUCGAGCUGACGAAGUGUAAAAACGUGUAGCGAGCUAGUUAGGAAGUAGAGCGCGUUUAACGAAGUCCGAGAGUCUUUCUGUUCUUACAAGGUUUCCGAUGUAGCAGAUCACGUUCGCGGCCCUCGACGAAUCGUCAGCGAGUCGUUGCCUGACGUCCUCACGUCAUCGGCUUUUUGUGGAUUAACCUACUUUGUAAAAAAUAAUGAUAAUAGAUUGUUCUACCGUUAGCUGGAGUGUCGUGAGUGAGCAGCUUGUGCUAUAGUUACAGUGGUGUGUGUGUGUGUGUGUGUGUGUGUGUGAACACCAUGAAGUGCAUUAAAUAUAAACAUGCAUAUGAACUUCAAUAAGGAGUGUGUUUUUGGUUUGUUUUGUCUAGUGCGUGCGUGUAACUAUAAAUAUCCGAACGCAAAACCCGAAUUUGUCCACCCCUGACUGUCCUUUCAAAUGGAGCAUUAGAAGAUGUACCCUACGUUCUUUUGCUGUUCACGUGCAGCUACAUUGUGUUUUUUGCGCGUGCGCGUACGUACACGCCGUCCUCACGAUUCCGAGUGUGUUGUAGCGAACGUGGCCGAGGCAUAUUUAGGUUUUCAACUUUUUAGUCAGGAAUAGCAGAAGCGAGUUAACUGGAUUUUUAUUUUAUUUUUAUUUUUUUUCUUCCCUUAAAUACAGAAGGCCACCAAAAUGAAGAGAGAACCGUGAAUGCACAGGGGUUCAUCGAGGCAUUAAAAUAGAUUUGCACUGCCACUUGUAUCGAUUUAUAAACGCGGUAAAGUAGAAGUCGAGGCGAAAUGGUAAUUUAAAAAAAAUAAAUAAAAAAAUAAGUGGACAUCUCUUCGGUCGAAGAGUGCUUCCUGUUCUCGUUCGGUGCCAUUUAGUAAUCAGAAGACGCUUCUCUGAGCUGGAUCGGUUCUUUAUCCGUGUGUCCGUGAUGAAUAAACAGGCAGCUUGUGCAGAGGAAAGCUGGACCUAGAUAUCUUUCUGUAGCUGGAGGUUGCGUUCACGCUGUUGUCGGUAGAGGAGCGGGUUUUAGCUGAACGACCGUAUGCAAAAAAAAAAAAAAAAAAAAACGACGUACGAUGGUCCUUUCUUGAAAACCGGUGCCAUAAUUUUCUUCUCUGCACUUCAUAGGAAUGAGUUUAUAGAGAAAUGUGAAUGAAUUCUACAGUAAUAUAUGUUGCGUGAUCUGCAACAAAAACCAAAUUCAUAUUUAUUUGAGAAGAAUAUAUAAAUAAUUCUAGUUCGAGUUAAACUAUAAGAACGCAAAAGGUGGGGAGAAGUUUCGAAAGAAAAAGCCAUCCUUUAGCGUCGUUUCCGCGUCACGAUAUCGAUCCGUAAACGGUAUGGAAGUUAUUCUAUUACGCGCGAUCUCGAGAGGCAUUUCCGGGGAAAUGUUUAGUAAUUGUUUUCGAGGGGGGUCGAUAUCUCAACUCUUCGUCAACUGAGAAAUGCCUUAACUUUAUCAGAAGGGUAGAAAUAAAGUAAGGGUUUGGGGUUGUUGUUGUUGUGUUUUUAAUUUUUGUUUGUUUGUUUGUUUUUUAUUCUUCGAAGUAACGCUCACCGAUCAACACGUGGAGCUUGCGAUUUAUUCAGCGCUUAAAAUAAACUUUUGCAACUACAGCUUUCUGUGACCCGCAUCCAGUUCGCAGGAAAAGGGGAGAACUUGUAGCUACUUCAAAAGUGCGUCUUAAUAAUAAUCCGUUCGUGUCUGUGUUUUAAUGUCUAGUUGAUGCUCUCGAAGGUGGUGUCGACUGGUGGAAUGUCUAAUUUACCUCAGCGGACUUUGAACGUCCCUACUACUUGAAGACACAUCCGUUUUAAGGCAAUAUUUAAAUACCUAUCUGAUUCCUGCUUCGUCCUAUUUAUCUCUAGCGAUUUUUGCCUUAAGAGGAAACGGUAUAGCGGGCGAGCAGCUGCAGCACUUGAGAGAAGGUUUCGUAAAAUAUACGGGGUCUCGUCGUCGUGACGGCGAGAUUGUGUCGAGAAGCACACAUAUCUGCAGAGAAUGCAUCAUAAUGCCACAGAGGUUAAGCGAAAUAGCUUAAUGGUCUUCGUCAGGUGAUUUUAUUUAAAAAAAAAAAAAAAAAAAUUUCUUCCCUUUUUUUCCUCCAAGGACGAAUUAGGAAGCAUCCUGUGUGUGCGAUGGUGUCUGUGUGGGUUUCAUUUGAGCUUUUACGUGUUAGUAUCUGCAGCAUGUUUUAAAAAAAAAUAAUAAAUGUAUCGGAGGUAAGAUAAUGAGGUGAUGGGCUUUACGCUAGCUGUUGCUUUAGGUCCAUGAAGAACGGGAAUGGGGUUUUUUUUUUUUUUUGUUCUUUUUUUUCUCUACAGUCUGUCUUUAAAACCAUUUUUUUUUUAAAAGGAAUCCAAAAAGAUUCAUCGUUCUCAAAUAGUAUAUAAUAUUACCAGAGGUGCCAACAUGUAGAGUUUUGGUGUAGCGUUUUACAAAUUUGCGAUAAGGGAGAACUACAGCGCUGUCCGAGUAAACAAUGUGUACGGUUUGUCCGGAGGAAAAGCCAAUUCACCGAAGGGGAAAGGACAGAAUACAGUCCGUACAGGAUUCCGUGGAUUUAUUAUUUAUUUAUUUUUUUUUGUGAUCGUUGCGGUCAAAAAUGCUCGAUUUUUGCUGUGAUUCUUACGAAUACGUUUAAAAAAAAAAAAGAAAAAAUUUACGAUGCAACCUGCAAGGGUUUUUGUGCCUUUUUUUUUUUUUUUUUUUUUCAAAACUACUUGGAAAUGGCGAAAUUGUUUUGCGUGGCCUUUGGCAGUGAUGUUUGUUGGUAAAUGAGACCUUUUUAGCUGUUCUAGCUUUGACUGAAUGCGUGUUGUGACGAUGUCACAUGACACGUUUUGGCCACUAAAAUUAAAUAUCACACCGAACCUUAUCCUCACCGUUUUCUUACCGUUGCUUGUAAAAAAAAAUUAAUAAAUAAAUAAAUAAAUUAAUUAUAAUAAAUUAGCGUCUCGUCCGCAGACCUAAAGCUGCACGCGUCUUUGUCUGCUAGGAUUUUCUUAUUAGCAACGUUGGCACCUCUGUAAUAAAAGAAACCUCAAUACAUUUAGAAAAGGCCAAGUAGCUCAUUGAGCUAAACUGGCAUCAAGACCAAAACAAACUGGGGAGAAAAAAAAACCGAUCGUGUUGGGAAGCUAAGAAAAAAAAGAUCCUUUUUAUUAUUUCUCGUGUGUCGUGGAAUAUAUAGACGUGUAUAUAUAAAAGCACACGGAUGCACUGGUGUGUCCUUGCUCAUCAGUUAAUGCAGGAAGUGUUUCAGAAAAUAGCAUCAACUUUUCAUCAUUUUUCGUUCUUUUCUCUACAUGAACGUUGUGCAGUUUAGAAACGAGCGGAGGGUUAAAUGGAAGGGGGGCCGUGCACUGAAACAUGCUGUAAGGGUUUUUCAGUCAUGUUUAACUUGUGAUCUUACCUCAAAACUCAAA